AUGCCGCCGCGGAGCGGGCGUCUUCUCCUGCUGCUGCUGCUGCCGCUGCUCCUCGGAGACGCUUCUCGGGCCCGGGGCAAGUCCCCUCCGGAGCCCCCCAACCCACAGGAGGUCCUCAUCAAGGUCCAAGUGUAUGUCAGCGGGGAACUCGCUCCCCUAGCCCGGGCCUCGGUAGACGUAUUUGGGAAUCGGACCCUGCUGGCCACAGGCACCACGGACGCAGAGGGGGUGGCCACCCUGCCUCUCAACUACCGCCUAGGCACCUGGGUGCUGGUCACCGCUGCCCGGCCUGGCUUCCUGACCAACUCAGUGCCCUGGCGUGUGGACAAGCUGCCCCUGUAUGCCUCCGUCAGCCUCUACCUGCUUCCUGAGCGCCCUGCCACCCUCAUUCUCUAUGAGGACCUCGUGCACAUUCUGCUGGGCUCCCCAGGUGCCCGCUCUCAGCCCUGGGUACAGUUCCAACGCCGGGCAGCUCGUCUGCCCCGAAGCUCUACCUAUAGCCAACUCUGGGCCUCACUUACCCCUGCCAACACAGAGCAGGAGAUGAGGGCCUUCCCUGCCUUCUUGGGUACUGAAGGCAACAGUUCAGCCAACAGUUCCUGGCUGGAACUAGCGCCCUUGGCUGCAGUAAGCGUCCACCUACUGACUGGCAAUGGAACAGAGGUGCCAUUAUCAGGGCCCGUGCACUUCUCGCUGCCCCUUCCUCCAGGUCCUCGAGCCCUUAGUACCAAUAGCAUCCCUGCCUGGAGAUUCGACCCCAAGAGCGGACUUUGGGUACGAAAUGGGACAGGAAUGAUUAGAAAGGAGGGACGGCAACUCUACUGGACUUUCGUCUCCCCUCAGCUGGGCUACUGGGCUGCUGCCCUGGCCUCCCCUGCUUCUUCUGGGCUGGUGACCGUCACGUCGGGCAUUAAAGAUAUCAGCACGUACCACACCAUUUUCCUGCUCACCAUCCUCGGGGCCCUCGCCCUGCUGGUGCUCAGUCUGCUCUGCCUUCUCAUCUACUACUGCAGGAGGCGAUGCCUGAAACCCCGGCAGCAGCUCCACAAGCUGCCUCUCUCUGGACCCCUGGAAAGCAACAAGAAGGACCAGGCCACUUCCAUGUCUCAGCUCCACCUCAUCUGCGGGGGGUCCCUUGAGCCACCUUCUACAGGGGACCCCGAGGCGCCACCCCCUGGGGCUCUGCAUUCUGCCUUCUCCAGCUCCCGGGACCUGGCCAGCUCCCGAGAUGACUUCUUCCGUGCCAAGCCUCGUCCGGCUGGCCGGGCAUCGGCAGAGCCUCCUUGCGUCCGAGGAACGGAGGGUGCGGCUCUUAAGGGGGCCCGCUCGGUGGAGGGGCCUGGGGGCCUGGAGCCCAGUCUGGAAGAGUACCGGCGGGGAGCCCCGGGGGGAGCUACCUACAUCCAUGAUCCUCCAUCCCCGCCGCCGCUGCCCUCCCCCUUUGACCACUUCUUAGGGCACAAGGCCAACACAGAGGGCAAAGCCCCUGACUUCUUGCUCUCCCAGUCUGUGGACCAGCUCUCCCGCCCACCAUCCCUCAGCCAGGCUGGCCAGCUGAUUUUCUGCGGAUCCAUUGACCACCUGAAGGACAGCGUCUACCGAAACGUCAUGCCCACCCUGGUCAUCCCUGCCCACUACGUGAGACUGGGGGAAUCUGGUGCGGGGUCAGGAGAUGAUUCAGCCCCAUCCGAAGGGGCCACUCAAGGCCCUGCCCGGCCCUUUCCCCAACCUGACCCCCAGCGCCAGCUCCUGCAAGGCCACCCAGGGGCGGGCGGCGAAGGUGGCGAGAGCUGGGCAGGCGCCCGCUCCACCCCAGUCAGUGGCUCUGUAACCAUCCCCGUCCUCUUCAAUGAGUCUACCAUGGCCCAGCUUAAUGGGGAGCUGCAGGCCCUCACGGAGAAGAAGCUGCUAGAGUUGGGGGUGAAGCCCCAUCCCCGAGCAUGGUUUGUGUCUUUGGAUGGACGCUCCAACUCCCAAGUGCGCCACUCCUACAUCGACCUGCAGGCAGGUGGGGGCAGCGGCGGGCGAAGCACUGAUGCCAGUCUGGACUCGGGCGUGGAUGUGCACGAGUCCAGGCCCCUGCCUCGGCGACGGCCCCCGGCCUCCCGGGGGGAAGAGCGGAUCUCGGCCCCAGCCCCGGCGCCCCCGCCAGCCCCACCGCGCCUGGCCCUGAGCGAGGACACGGAGCCCAGCAGCAGCGAGAGCCGCACCGGCCUCUGCUCCCCGGAGGACAACUCCCUGACUCCGCUGCUGGACGAGGCGGUGGCCCCAGAGGGCCGGGCAGCCACUGUGCCCAGGGGCCGGGGGCGCAGCCGGGGAGACAGCUCCCGCAGCAGUGCCAGCGAGCUGCGGCGGGACUCCCUCACCAGCCCCGAGGACGAGCUGGGCGUCGAGGUGGGCGAUGAGGCGGGGGACAAGAAAAGCCCCUGGCAGCGGAGGGAGGAGAGGCCGCUGAUGGUGUUUAACGUUAAGUAACCCCUCUGUUCCCACCCCCCCACCCCCCCUAGGGUUGGCACUGGGGUGGCAUUGGAGGUGCCCGCGAUUCAGGCCCUCCUCGAAUGCACACCCUUUCCAGAGCCUCAGUGCCAGGGACAGGUGGUAUCCAGGUGCCCCAGCAGGCAGUGCCAACCUUUUAGAGAUGUCCAGUGCGGCCCAGUCACUUAGGGCUAGGUGGUGUCAGGGUUGGGAGGGAGGCCAGGGGCUAGGCCUGUGUA